AUGCAGGGCAACAGCGAGUCGGUGUUUAGGAGCAACUACCAGGCGCACCACGUGGCUGAGAAGCUCAUGGCGCUCGGCUUCGGACGCUUCGUCAAGCCCUUCAACCGCCCGGAGCGCCGCGAUUUUAACCUCGCCGACCAAUUGGUGAACAAGCCGGGCGAGUGGGCAGCCCACACGGGAACGCAUUACAGCACGGUCGGACCUACUGCGCGAGGCCGGGCGGCCGGUCCCGAGUCUGCGACGACCCAAGGCGUGCGCCCAAGAUCAUAA